AUAAAUCAAAGCGAAAUGCGUCUGCUCUGGUCUGGAGUUCUUCUGACUCUAACUCUCUGUUCGAGUGCGGCUGUCGGCGAUCCUUUAGAUGUGUGUCUGAAGGAUCUGGGCUGCCUCAGGGGCACACAUAUGCCAGGAUAUCAGGGCGAGGAGUUCGAGGCCUUCAUGGGAAUACCAUUCGCCCAGCCUCCUGUGGAUUCCCUCCGACUCAGGAACCCAGUUCCUGCCAUUGCCUGGGAGGGUAUCUUUGAUGCAGGAACAGCCAAGGACAGUUGCCUGCAGAGAAACUACUUUGGCACCUCAUGGACAGUAUCUGGCGUGGAAGAUUGCCUCUACCUGAAUGUCUACAGGCCAAAGAAACGCAAUGGAAAUCCCCUGCCCGUCAUGGUAUAUUUUCAUGCUGGAGGUUUCUUUAGCGGCUCUGCCCAUCCGGCUGCCAGUGGUCCCGAAUAUUUGAUGGACACGGAACAGGUGAUCAUGGUCAGCGUAUCCUAUCGCUUGGGCCCAUUAGGAUUCCUAAGCACUGGCGAUACAAAUAUGCCAGGAAAUUUCGCUUUAAAGGAUCAGCGGCUGGCCUUGAAGUGGGUGCAGCAGCACAUCGCCGACUUUGAAGGUGAUCCCCAGCUGGUGACGAUCUUUGGCCACAGUGCGGGAGGGAUGUCGGCCCAAUAUCACAUGCUCAGCCCCAGCUCAAAGGGACUCUUUCAACGGGCCAUGUCCUUGGAUAGCACAGUUCUAUCACCAUAUUUGAAAAUCAACAAGGAUCCCCUGACCCAGGCGCGAAAGCUGGCUGCUGUGGCGGGCAUCGAGGGGGCAGAGAGCCUGAGCUCCGAGGACCUGGCCCAAGCUCUGCGUGAGCUGGAUCCUAUUAAACUGCACACCACGGUAGAUUCCCUAAAAGUCUGGGAUAGCCUUCCCUUAAUCUGCAAUCCACCAGUCGUCGAGCCAGUGGGAUGUCCGGAAGCGUUCUUUACCGAGGAUCCGGUGCAGGCGCACCUUGAGGGACGCAUCAAUCAGGUCCCCUGGCUGCUGGGCGUUACUGCGAGGUCUGGAGAGGGUUCUCUUGCCCUUCUGCACGUCUUCGACAAUCAAAACCUGCGGUCGGAGCUCAACGAGCGAUUCUUGGAGCGUUUUUCACAAAUUUUGCAUUUACCUGACGGCACAUCGCCUCAGGUCGUGCGGGAAAUCUUAGACGCCUAUGGAUUCGAGGGAGAGACCAUUAGCAACGAUACACUCGUGCCGCUGGCCGAGAUCUCGGGCGACUUUGGGUUUUACUAUCCGCUCUACGAGUCGGCCUCCACGUAUGCGAGCUACGCCAAUCUUCAGGAGAAUCCGCUUUCCUUAUACAUUUUCGAGUACCGUGGUCUGCGCACCCUCUCGGCCCUGUUUAGUGGUGCAUCGGUGGAAUAUGGGGUGGGUGCAGCACACAUGGACGAUGCCCUGCACGCCAUACGAAUUUCAGCCAUUGUCGAGGACUAUCCCAAGGAUUCGGAGGAUGCUGAGGUCAUUAAACGAAUGACCUCCAUGAUGGUGGACUUUGCCAAAACCGGGAUCUUCCACAGUGGCACAUCCUGCAAAGCUUCAGAUUUCACGGAUCAUGAGAUGUGCAGCUAUGUCCAUUUUGGAGGCACCAUUGGCAACUACAAGGAAGACAUACUGAAGGACGUCCAAUUGCCGGCCUAUCCAAUAUGGAAAAGGUUGUUUUUCUGAGAAUCCAGUUCGCGCACCGCUUUCUUCAAGGUUAACAUAAUAUAAAGCUACAAAUAUGAAUACUACACAAUAUCUGGCACUGGAACGAACAUUGUAAUAUUAAAGUCUCCUCUAAAAGACACUUUCGUUCCACAAUA